UUUAUUACUUUUUGCCACGGAGGGAGAAAAAUAAGGUGAACUAAUGUUAAUUAAUGGAACGAGGGGUUUCAAAAUAAAAAAAUAAAAAAAAUAACGGAACGAGGAAACUCGAUAAGACAUCUCUUUUGGCUUUCAUUGGUACCUAACAUCGGGUGAUCAUCUCCCAGUUUCCAGAUCUCAGUUUCAUGUGAAGGAUUCCCGGCGAGAUCUGAUUCCCUAAUUAGAGUACAACAAUGACGGCUGUUUCUGUUCAUAAGUUUGCUCAGUGCAUCACUUGCCAUGCCUGGAGUCCUGACCAUUCAAUGAUUGCUGUAUGCCCAAAUACUGAAGAAGUCCACAUUUAUCAAUCAUCGACUGACAAAUGGGAAAAAGUACAUGUCCUUCAAAAGCAUGAUCAAGUUGUAUGCGGUAUAGACUGGAGCUCAAACAUGAACAAAAUCGUGACUGUUUCUCAUGAUCGAAAUUCGUAUGUUUGGCACCAUGAAGGAGGUGAAUGGGUUCCAACACUAGUUAUCCUAAGAUUAAACCGUGCUGCCCUAUGUGUGCAAUGGAGUCCGAAAGAAAACAAGUUUGCUGUUGGUAGUGGUGCUAAGACAGUUUGCAUAUGCUACUAUGAACAAGAAAAUAACUGGUGGGUCAGUAAACUUAUAAGGAAAAAGCACAACUCUUCUGUGACAAGUGUUGCCUGGCAUCCCAAUAAUAUUCUUUUGGCAACCACGUCAACAGAUGGAAAAUGCAGAAUAUUUUCCACUUUUAUCAAGGGUGUUGAUACAAGGAAUUCUGAAGCUGGCUCUUCAUCUGAUACAAAAUUUGGAGAGCAAAUUCUACAGCUUGAUCUUUCAUAUUCAUGGGCAUUUGGCGUAAAAUGGUCUCCUAGUGGCAACACCCUAGCUUAUGUUGGUCAUAACUCAAUGAUAUACUUUGUUGAUGAUGUUGGUCCGUCACCUUUGGCACAAAGUGUCGCAUUCCGUGAUUUGCCUCUCCGUGAUGUCUAUUUUGUGUCUGAGAAGAUGGUCAUAGGUGUGGGAUUUGACUGCAAUCCUAUGGUUUUUGCUGCAGAUGAAAGUGGGUUGUGGAGCUUUAUUAAAUUUCUUGGUCAAAAGCAGACAACUCCAACGAAUGCAAGGGCUGGUUCUCAGAUUUCAGGAGCAUUUGGAAAACUAUAUGGUAAUUCAAAGUACAACAAUGUCAAUGAUAACGGCAAUGAUUCUUACUCGAGUGGACGUGCCCAUGAAAACUGCAUUACCUGCAUUGUGCCAUUGAAAAAGGGAAGAGACUCAAAAGUGACGCGCUUCAGUACUUCAGGACUUGAUGGUAAGGUGGUCAUUUGGGAUUUGGAAGGCCAAGACCUGGCAGACUAUUACUGAAACAAACAGAAGAUCUGGGUCUUGUGAGGGCGCUAAUGAGUUUGGAGCUUAUAGAACUAUUAUCUGUAAAUCAGAUCUUCUCUCAGUUAAAGAAGCUGAUUUCCCAGCAACUGCAUCCAGUGACAGGAACAGAAUAUCUCUGUAAUUGAUGCAGAUUUCGGGUAUAUGAGAAGUACGGAGUAAAUAUAGUUAUACUGUUUGAAAAUAUAUUUGUAGGUCCGAAAGUAAAACAUUCUUGUUUUGAUAAUGUGUAUUCUCGGUAUUGUUGUUACUUUUCCUUCAUAUAAAAAUACUUGGUUUUAUGGCAAAUUGGUAUAAGGCAUGUUAUUGCUGCUGUAGUGCAAUAAAAUUCCUGCAGUACGUGGUUGUUUAGAAGCGUAUUGGGGAUAUAAACAAUGGUUUGACCAAGUCAA